UAGGGCUGGGUAUGGGGCAUGGAGCUUACAACGAGUCUCAAUGUAAUUAUACAAGAUGUCUUAUGUUUGUGUGUUGUGAAUGCCUAUUUGACAAGAUGAAUUUACCGAUAAGAUGGCUUAAAAUUGGACAAUACUAAGUAUCAGGACGAAGAUGGUAGGAAGAGGGUGGUGGUUGCUGGUGUGGACAGUGUAUGCUGCUUGGACAGUGUACAUGGUACAUGGAGGACUGUCCUGUCAGCAGGGCCAGGAGUUUUACAACAGUGAACAGGGUCAUUGUGUACCAUGUACACGUUGCAAUGGUUCCCUGGUAGUGGUGGUUCCAUGUUAUGUGUACCGGGAUGCUGUGUGUGCACCCGCUGCUCAGUUCCUUCCCACCUGGUCACGGCUCACUCAACCCCAAGCCCCCAUCACCCUCUCUACACCCACCGCCAUACAAAACCAAACAGAAGAAGACAAUGGACAUGGGAAACAAACUUCAGAAUUUUCCAGUGAUAAAAACAAGCAGUCAAAGAACCACAGAAAAGUCUCUGGUCAUCAGCAAGGGAAGUCAGGUGCAAAUAAGGCACCAUUCCAUAAAAGUAUUCAUAAUAAAAAGAACCACAGAAAACUACACAAUGAAAAUGAUUCGGAAAAGACUAGAAACGUAGAGUCAAGACACCAUCAUCGCCAUAGACAUAGUGGAGAACGUACAGGCUUUAGAGCACAAAAUAAAUCUCUUAUAGUGGACAGAGAUGAAUCAGUGAUGAGUGGUGUUUAUGUUAGUCAGAAAAGUGGUGCUAGUGAAUCAGUGAAUGAGAACAGGAGUAUCAGUGAGUCAGUUAAUGUAACCAGAGAAAGUAGUGGUAAUGGAAAAGUGUCAGUUGAAGAGGAUGCGAGUCAUGGUGCUAAUAGUGAUAAGGACGAAACUAGAGACUCGCAUGAGCCACACACUGCAGACUGGCAAACAACUUUUUUCCUUGCCAUUGUCAUUGUCAUUAGCAUAUGUGUCAUUGCACUCACCAUUAUUGUAUUCAGUCAUCUAAGAAAUGUCAUCAACAGGCGAAAAUUAAAAAGAGAGUGUGACACAGUCCCUGAAGAAAAUAGUGGUGAGUUGACAGUGAUGGAACAUCUUUUGCCAUCUCUUCCUGCUGCCUCUACAAAUAGACCAAAUGUAGCCACUAAUAGAGCUGGAGUUACUUACGUGAGACCGUCCGCCAUGUCUGUCCCCCUCUCCUUCACUACUACAGCUAGUGGAGUGAUUGUGCUAGACUCUGAACACACAUCUGGUCAUGUUUACCCACCUAUACCAUUCACAAUGGAUAGAUUAUUAGAACAGCGCAGAGUAUUGGGUCCAUCAUCAUCUGUAGAUACAAACCUCUACAUUGAAAGCUGGCAGCAACAAGAUAGUCAACCAGCAGUACAACAUCCUCCAUCUAUCAGUACCUUCACAACUGGUCCCAGAACUUUUUUGAGAGGAUCAGUAUCUGCUUGCCCAAGCCCAGUGCCAGUUCGUACCUAUCGUUUGGGACCUGCAUCAGCCUCGGCUAGCCCCAUAUUUCCUAUUAGAGGACUGGGUUCCACGAGGGGACGCAUGCGUGGAACACUAAUAGCAGCUGCAUGCACUUUGUCAGGUAGCAGUGGAGGUGUCGUAAGUGAUUUUGCUUCAGUUACACCUACAUAGCAUUCUAAUAAACCAUCUGAAGACAAUUUUUUUUUUUUUUUUACAAAGUAGCUUUGCUCUUUAUCAGAUUUAAAGAGUUACUCAGUGUUGUGACACCGGUUCUACAAAAAUGACAAGUGCUUGAGGCAACUUUCAGUCACUAAAAAAUUGUCUAUUAUAGAGAAUGCUGCAGAUUUGUGGCAGUUUAAACAUGUAAGUGCUCAUCUCAUGAGCAGUAGAGUUAUGUUGCAUCCAUUUUUUUUUUUUUCAUACCAGCUCAUCCAUUUAAGAGGCUUACCUACUUAGUACUAAGUAGCUCAUUGUGGCAGCUUAUAUAAUAGCUUCAUCUUGUGCUCACAGAUUUUUGCUCAGAAUGUACCCAUGACUUGGUGGAGAAAAUUACACCAGACUAUAAAUAGUCUAAUUUCAGUAUAUAAGCAAUACUAUGUAUUGAGUCAGAUUUGUUUUAGAAUCAUCCCGUGAGUGGGUAUAACAUGCCUUAGAUGUUCAAGAAGUGAUAGGGAAUUAAAAAAUAGCUUUCUAACUCCCAAACAGUGCUAUGGCACAUGAAUAUUGUAGUGUGAUUGGCCCCAUGUUGAUGCAUACUGGAGAUAUGUAUAAUGUAUUUAUAUGAGACAUGUACAUAGACAAUAUAUUUGUGUAUCAAUGUGGCUUGAUAGUUAUAUGAAUGUUGUUGUGUGUGUGUAUGAGUUUAAACUUGUCUACUCUAAGUCUUACGCUGUAGAAUUGUAAAUAAGAAUACACCAUGGCUCAAGUUUAAGUGUUUUUUACUGCUCAAAAGUCAUAUUCUGAGUAUUACUUCUCUGAACAGAAGUUUUCUGUCUGUUCCAUGUUCACAUCUGAAUAUUGUAUCACACUGUAUGAAAUGUAUAUAAUUUUCCAGUAACUUGGGAGAAGUGACUCUCAUACAAAUAUUAACAAGUGCCAUAUUGGGUUUAUUCAGCUCUUAAUAGCUGACUGCCACACUGUGUGAUAAUUGUACAUUGCUCCAGGACACGUUUUUACCAUAACAAGUAUUGUUUUCACAGUAACUUUUCUUGGUGGCAAAAAUUUUUAAUUUGAAUAAAGUUCAAAUGUGUUCUCUGUUAUGUCACAAGUAUUUUCUUUUUUAUACAUAUCAUUUAUUUCCAUUAUUAUGUUUAUUUUUUGAGGAAUCAAGUAUAUUUUUGUUGAUGUAGAUGCAUUCUGCAAUAUUAUGUUACUGGUCCAAAAAAAAAAUACUAUACAAGUUUUAUCAUUACCACAAUCAAGAAUUGGGACCUAAACAGAAUCUCUCUUUAUGAAACAGAUCUGUCAGCACUUAACUAAAAUUCUUCCCAUUAAUAAUGCAAAUAAAUGUUGCUUACACAUCAUACUACUUUCCUUAUAUUUAAGGCAGCAUCUCUAUCACUAGUUUUGUUGAAAAUUGAAUUUCAAAAUGCCAUUCCAGAACUUGGGAGAAAGGCUGGUAUGACUAUUGAAGUUUUGAGCCUUAACUUAAAUGAAGGAUUAGUCAUCCCUAGAAAUUUGAGCUACCCUUUCCUUUUUUGGAUCAAACAUGAUAACCUUCCAGGUGCUGUAUGACCCCCUUUCAGAUUUAGCACUUUCCCCUGAAAGUAAUAUAGUAGAUUAUCAACUAUCUCGCAAUCAUUUAUUCAGUGUUCAGCGCUAUCUUAUAGUCUUAUUCGAUACAGCAUCUAAGUUGAUAAUAUUUAGGGAAAGGCACUAAACCCAUGGGGUCAUACAGUGAAUGGGAAAUGUGAGGCAUUCAGGUUUGAUCCAAGAAAGGAGAGGAUAGGCACAUUUAAUGAAUCAAGCCCCCCUCAGUGGCACCUCCCUUGAGGGGACCUAAAUAGAUAAUGCUAUGCAGCAAAUAAGGACUAUUAAAAAUAUAUUUUUUCAGUGUGACUGAGUAUCCAGCACACCCUUACCGUAACCUGAGGGUACUGGAAAAUUGAUGAUUUACCAUAACAGUAAUAGAGUUUUGAAAGCAGCUCGGUAUAUUCUUUUGAGAACCCACCAUCAGCCUUUGAAACAUUUGUUAAUCAAUUUACAUUGCAAUUGUUAUCAAAUAAAUGAAGUUGCUACCUUUUAUCUAAUGUAAACAAUUAAGGUUAGUACAAGAAAACUACUUUAGGAUUGCUGACAAAAUAUAACAAAACUAUAUAGUUUUUGCAACUAUGGUGACAUCAUUAAUUAAAAUGGCAUUAUGGUCAAAAAGGUAUUGACAAUUUUGUUUCAAGCUGAUUAGCAUCUAAAAAUAAGCAAGGAUGAGAAUGCUUUGUAAUAAAAUUUAAAGGUGUAUAAUUAUAUGUAAAAAUUAUUCUUAUACUGUAUGAAGAGCAACUGUUCAAGAAACAUUUUCUUCUAAAAGGUGUAACACGCUGCAGUAAAGUAGAUUUUGAAUUAAAAUUUUGACCAAAGUCAUUAUUGAAAAAAAAAAAAAAUUGGACUUUAAAUUAAAAAUUUAUUAGUAGUAGACAGUUGCAUUAUACUUGGCUGUAGGUAUAGAUGGAAAUAUAUUUUUGAAAUUCAUGUACAGUAGUUCAAGCAUAGAUAUUUGAUGAAACCUUAUAUUUAUAGAGUAUAGCACUUCAUUGAGAAUGAGAAUUUGCUCAUGAAAUAUAAUCAAAUAACACUAAGAUUUGCCACAUGAUGUUACAAUCCCUAGUCACAUGUACCUCUAGCAGUAGGCACUGAGUAUUGUAGUAAAGAUUUAUUUAUAACUCCGCCCAAUUGGCGUUUCAUGUAGAGUGUAGCAUUUUCACUUUUUUUUUUUUUUUUGUAAGAUCCAUACAUACAGGAAUUUGCCUCUUGAUAGUUUAUCAGCUUUACAGUCAUUAUUCAUUUAUAUACAGUCGUUUCAUUUUACAUAAUCUCGUUUAUCAUAAAACUGUAAAAUCUUUUUAAUCUUUGGUGCCUUUCUUACCUGAGGAAAUGCUAACUGAGGUAGAUUAAGGUUUGGGGGUUACCAGGGUGUCAGAUGGAUAAUGUGAGAAAUGUAUUCAUGUACUUUUAACAAGGCCAGCUUGUUCAACUCAUAUGUGUAGUUGCUUAACUUUCAUCAGUAGGGUUUUCAACAUACUGUACACAGAUGAAUGAUAAGUGAAAAUGCAACUUUUUUUUUUUUUUUUUUUUAAGAUAUAUGUGUUCUUACAACAGUAUAAGUUCAUUUUCAACUUUGUGUGUGUUCUUACAUUGGCAGUAUGGUACCUACUCCCCAAAAUGCUAAUCAGGAGCUAACAAAAAAGUUAAAUAAAAAUCAGUGAUCCACCUAUAUUACAAGUAUGCAUGUUAUUUAUGUCUGGAAAGAACAGUUUAUGAUCUGUUUUGACUUUCCAUUUAUCAAUGUUGAAAAUCCUCCUCAUGACACUUAAGCUAAAUAGCAAACCUAUGAGUAGGAAGACAAGUAGAAGAGAGCAUACUAGGUGAAGUCGAUAGAACGAACUCAACAUGUUAGCUAUAGUAAAAAAAAAAUGGUUAAAAAAAAAAAAUUAUGCAUUUUUUUUACAACUUUGCCAUUUCCCACCAAGUUAAAGUAACCCAAAGAAAACACAUUCACCAUCACUCAGUAGCUGUCUUGCCAGAAGUGUGGUUGAGAUGUUGAGUUCACCCUUACUAUCAGUGUCAUUUAUUAAAAAGAGAUGAAUGUUACAAGAAAUAAGUAAUAAAAGUGUUCUGUUUUCUUUUUUUGUACUUCUAAUUGCAGUUUAAUCAGAUUUAUUUGUACAGCCUCCACUGCACACAUUCAAGGCUUAUUUACAGUAUUGGUAACCUAUAUGGUAUAUGACAAUAUCCAUAGUGACAACAGAAAUGUUAAUACACAUAUUGAGUUUUGUUAGACUUAUAUAUUGGCUGUCAUUAGGUACAAAAUGUUGGUCGAACUGCCCUUUAAUAAAUGAAUGUUAUGUAUUGUGUGCAUGUAAUUUACAGUACAUGCAGUACAUGUGAGUAGGCAUGAUUUUAAUACAGUACUGCUGUCAUAAUGUUUAUACCUCAAGUAUAUAUUGGGUAUUUUUUGUGUGUUCAUUCAUUAUAAAUUAAAUAUAUACGAAUGUCUGAAUUAUAUCAAGGAAAUGCAGUAGUGUAACUUUUGUUAGCUGUGAUUCAAUAUUUAGGGAAGAAAUACAUUCAGGCAACUUUUUCAAGAAAAACUACUUAAAGAUGUUUGAAUAAAAAUGCAUUUUUUACCUUCAUACUCUUGCAGGGUUUUUCAUUGCACAGUAUCGUACAAUUUGGAUUUCCUUAAGAAUCAAAAAUACAUGUACAAAAUUGUGUGUGAUAGCUACUCAUGCUUUAUGAUUAAGUUAAUGCAGAGACAUCCCUUAACUGACUGAUUUGCUACAGUGCAACACCCAACCCAACACCCCAUCUUCCUGCUGCUGUCCUUAGCUGAACACCCCUCUGCUGCCUUUUAGUGGAUUGCUGUAUGGGUGUAACAGGUUUAGUGCUUUCCAAGAAAAUAAUAUAAUUGAAUACGAUAUGAUUGAAUGCGAUAUAAACUGGAGUAUAAAAGAAACAAGAGCAAACCUUUUAAACAGUUAUUAAGUGUUGAUGGUAUGAAGCAUCAGCCAAGGACAGUAAACAUCAAAUUAAAUCUUUCAGUAUUACAGUGGAAAUGGAAACAGGUACUGUAUUUGAAAACUGUACUGAAGUAGCUGAUUUAUCCAUAUCUUUGAGCACCUGCCCUCCCCUUCUUCGGAGCAAGCCUGAAUGCCUCCCAUUCCUCUCUUAGGCACACAUGUUUAGUGCUCCCCAAUGAAUGUAAAAAUGAUAAUAAUUAUCAAUAUCACUGAGGCAUGCUUUCUUUCAACAGGAACCUCCUCCUCAUCCAUGAAAGUGUGGUCUUAUGGAGAAACUAAUACAGACUUAUUAAAAAUAAAGGCAGUACUAAUACCAUAUCCUGGUUUUACCACAUACAAGACUGUUUUGCCAUUAGUUUGAUUUAUUACAAUCGUACUGUUGUCCCAAAACAGCCCUAAACCUAUAUGAGACAAAAAAUGGAAAGAAUUAAGAUUGCUGUAAUAAAUAUGCACAAAUGGAGAAGUGUUUACUGACAGGACAGUGUUACACUGAGGAAAAUUAGUAGCUGGUACUGCAACACUAUAUAACUCAUAAUUUCAGAACUUUUUUGUGAUCAUAAUUGUAUAGGCAAGUGAGGUAGAACAUUAACAAUAAAGCAAACUACUGUAAUUAAUUAGUGAAUAUUUAAACUUUAUUCUGGUAUGUAUUGUGGUUGAGUUAGCAUAAAGUGAAUCCUGGUUAAUGUGUUAGAUGGGCUGCUAAGCAUCCAAAUAUAAUUGAAUAUGUAUCACUGAGUGGUAGAUGUUACACUUAUCAAUUUAAAUUAGUAAAUAGGAAUGUAUAUUUCUUACUUUGAUUAUGUGUAUAGUUGAUAAAAAUAUUGUCUUGCAGAAUUACUUUAUAGAUUUUUCAGUGAUUGCAGUGAAUCUGUUUAUAUUAUUGCUAAAAGUGUAUAUUUAACAGAUUUGUUGACAUUAAGUACAAUAAGAUGCAAAUGGUGAAUGAGAUGCACACAGUGGUAACGAGGUACAUUGUCAUUAAUAAAAUACGUGUUUCAGUGGUGUUGAAAGAUGGCAUUCAACUGUUUAUAUAUCUCAAUGUAAACUGUACUGAAUGUAGCAUUGCUUAAGGUUUUAAAAGAAGUGUAAGAAACUUUAUAUACAAAUCAUUUCAUUUAUUCAUGUGCAGUUUUGUCCCUGAAUGUAAUGGAUCUGUUUGACAGAAUGUUACAUAUUAUUUUCAGCAAUAUUUUUGUGCAAUGUUUUUUUUAUAUUUAAGUAAAAAAAAAAGUUGGGGCCCAACAGUCAAAAAAUUACAACAUGCAAAGUUUAUAACAAAAAUAAAAAUGGAC